GGAAUGAAGCACCUCCCCUUUAAUCGCUCGGUUGAGCUUCUCUCGGAGCUGUAGUCGCUCUCUUCACUCGCACAUUUUACCGUCAGGCGUCAGAGGAACUCUGGUGGAUUUCGGCGCUCUUGUUGUGCCUGAAAAGCUGACGUUUUUCCCUUUUUUUCUUGUCAUUUCUUGGAAUUAAAAGCGUGAACACUCGAAGGCUUUGUCACUUCUCUGUGUCGGUUUUUUGUCAUCGACAUGAAGAAACGCGGAAUAAAGCAUCCAAAGUGGCUGAAGGACUGAACAGGCCUCCUGCUCUCACUCCACCGCACGCAGUUUGGAAUCAGAGCUGCAAUGGCAAAGUGGCUGAAAGACUACCUGAGCUUUGGCAGCAGGAAGGUGCCUCCACAGCCGCCCACACCAGAUUACACAGAGAGCGAGAUCCUGAAAGCCUACCGGCUCCAGAGGGACCUGGACUUCGAAGAUCCGUAUGAGGAGUCCGAAAACAGGUCCAGGGGCGAGUCUGGGGCCUCUGAGCCAGCCACACCUGUGUAUGGGUCUCCCAUGAAGUCCUCUACUGUGGACGUGAAGUCCCCCAAACACAGACUAAUCAAAGUGGACUCCCAGGAGCUGGGGCGCACCAAGAUCCUCCUCAGUGCCAUUUCCUUAGAGGACCAGCAAGAACCUGUGGUGCCGUCUGCUCCGCUGGCAGGGGACACGGAUUACUCUGAUCCAUUCGAUGCUCGCUUGGACCACCGACUAGAACCAGAUCUCGGACCCGUUCCGUCUGAGAACAACGGCUACAUGGAACCAUAUGAGGCCCAGAGAGUCAUAACAGAGCUGCAGCGUGGCCCAGGAGGAGGACGGGCGCGGGGCGGGGUGCAGCUCUACGACACCCCUUAUGAAGACGAACGAGGCCAGCGUCUAGGCUUUGUGUACGGAGAACCUCAGGAGGAGGGCAAGGAGAGCAGCAGGCUGCCGCAAGAUGAUGAGAGACCAGCUGAUGAGUAUGACCAACCCUGGGAAUGGAAAAAGGACCACAUCUCCAAAGCUUUUGCAGAAAUGAGGGAGUUGUCGGUGUUGCCUUGGCCUGCCCCAGUGGGUCAGCUGGAGGAGGAGCCCCCCGUCAGAGAGCAAGUGCAGUUUGAUGGUGCAGAGUGGGACCGUUCGUCAUCGCCAACAGAGCGGUUGCGUCCUCCAGGGCCCAGGUCCAGCCCGCUGGCAGGAGGGGGGAUGAAGUUUCGAAUGCCACAGGAAGGCCUCGCUAUGGUGGGGGAGAGAGUGGACCCCACACUGCCUCUGGAGAAGCAGGUAUGGUACCACGGUUCGCUGUCGCGUUCGGAGGCAGAGUCUCUGCUAACGUUGUGUAAAGAGUGCAGCUAUCUGGUGAGGAACAGUCAGACCAACCGCUCCGACUACUCGCUGUCCCUACGGAGCUGCCAGGGUUUCAUGCACAUGAAGUUCACACAAUAUAAAGACGGCAAGUACGUGCUGGGACAGAACAGCCCGCCCUUUGACUCCAUCCCAGAGGUCAUCCACUUUUACACCACACACAAACUCCCGAUCCGAGGUGCCGAGCACCUCUCCCUGCUGUUCCCCGUACUGGUGCAGACACUCUGACUGACCCAGACACCCCUCCUAGACCUUCAGGAUUUAAUCAUGAUCGGACACUCUUGAAUGUUUGAUGGGAUCUUCCCAGUGGAGUGCCAGCACUCUCUUCCUGUUCAACUGGACUACUUUUGAUGAUACAACACGCCGCUAAUGCCCUCACCCACCACUGCUGUUGUACUUGUGCCAAAUGUCUCCAACAUCCGGAGGGAUCGAUUCACAUGAAAUGCAAUACCUGAACUCUAUGCCACCUGUGCUAGAUCUCCUUUCUCUCAUCUCCUUGCUGAACCAAGGGGGCUUUCUUCAGGACAUCCGAAAUUCUCUCUUUCCUUAUUACAUUUCUUUCUGACUGGAACGCAGAGGAAGUUAGUAGAGCUGUAUUUAGGAGAAAGUCUGUAUAUUCUGAACGUAGCCCCAGGUUACAGAAGACCUGCAGAAGAUUGAGAUUAAAUUACUGCUGUUUCACAAAAAAAAAAAACACCUCAUUGACACUGAUAAAAUAUUACUGUUGUUAGGUGAAAGCCUUGCAGUAUUUUGCUGAUUUUCCACAUUUCUACCGGAAUCAAUAAAUUGAAUUGUACUGUAAAGGAUGAGAAACACUUUUUUCACUCCUUGGGGAAAUCCUUUUAUAAAUGUUGGAAAGUUCAUCGCCAUUAUAAAAACAAUGCUAUUUUCAAAGAUAUAAGGUUUUUACCAACAGCAGUGAUAUUUCAGAUGCUUUUCUACACAAAGACACAUCUGUACUGUACUAUAGUCUGUUCUGUUCAUUUUCUUGCGGUCUGUUCUGUACUGUCAUGCUGCUGUAUGUUGAGGAUUUUGCUCGACACACGUCUCCAUGUUACUUGUUGAUUGUUCGUCGUAAGCAACAGAGAAGCUAUGUUGUAUUGGUACUCGUGUUGACCUUGCUGACCUGUAUCUCUUGUUGGUUGACUACGUUGCAUUUGGUAGACAAUGCUGGGUUUGUAAAAAAGCGACCUGUCACUGCUGUCAUUGUCUUUCCACUGACUGAAAGCUAAGCCCGGAAGCUGAGCUGCAGGCUACAUUUGGAGCUGAGGGAUGCUAAUCAGGAAACAUUGAUGACUCUGACAAACUCUCAAACUUUGUGAAUCACGGCAACAUUCUCACACCUCCUACAUAUUUGAUCACAGAUUUUUUUUUUUUUUUUUUCGGCUGGCCAAAUGAUUACAUGCUGGUUGGUGAGUUGUAUUUGAGUUAAAUUCUUGCCAUCUGGAGUGUGUUCCCAUGUCUGCUGCCUGGUUGCAGUGUUGUGUGGCAAAAAUCAGAUUUUAGAGAGGAGACAACGUGUACUGGCGACAUCUGACCAUUUCUAACAAAUGCAAGAAUGAUUUAGAUUGUUGUUUUUCAAGCCAAAACUUUAUAUUGCCUGUAUUGUAUUAUUAUUAUGACCAUUAUUUUCUGUCACUAGUAAAAGAUGAUGGGUUGCAUAAUUUA